AUGAGGCUUAGAAAUGAGACAACCAUUGCAGAGUUCACCCUGGAGGGGUUUCCUGCAGUUCAGCAUGUGGGAAAGCUCCUCUUCCUGGUGCACUUGCUGGCAUACCUAGCCUCUGUCACAGGAAACAUGUUCAUAAUCACCAUCACCUGGACUGACCAUCGCCUGCAAACACCUAUGUACUUCUUCCUCAGCAGUUUUUCUUUCUGUGAAUUCUGUUUCAUCACCACCGUUAUUCCUAAACUGCUGUCCAUCUUUCUUUUAGGACAGCAGACAAUUAAUUUUACAUCUUGUCUCACACAAGCCUUUUCUUUUUUAUUUCUUGGGUCAACAAUUUUCUUCCUCAUGACUGUGAUGUCCUUGGAUCGAUACUUGGCUAUUUGCAAGCCUUUACACUACCCAACCAUCAUGAACCUGAGGGUUUGUUUCCUCCUAGUUUUUUUCUGCUACACUGUGUCCUCCAUUAUUAUCACUGGUCUGAUCCUGAAGGUUUCCCAGCUGUCCUUCUGUGGUCCACGGGUCAUCCCUCACUUUUUCUGUGAUCUCGGUCCAUUGAUUCAUCUCUCCUGUUCUGAUACCAGAUCUAUUGAAACUCUGGCCUUUGCUUUGAUUUCAUUUAUCCUUUUCACAUCCCUCAUCAUAACCAUCAUUGCAUAUAGCAACAUAAUGUUCACAAUCAUGCGUCUCCCAUCAGCAAAGGAACGACAGAAAGCAUUCUCCACCUGUUCAUCUCACCUCAUCGUCCUCUCUCUGAUGUAUGGCAGUUGUGUCUUCAUAUAUGUGAAACCAAAGCAAGCGAGCAGGCUGGACUCCAACAGAGAGGCUGCUCUUGUGAACACAGUAUUGACCCCACUGCUGAACCCUGUCAUCUACACCCUGCACAACAAGCAGGUCCACCAGGCUCUGAGGGACGUUCUGUCCAGGGUGAAAAUGCAGAAAUAG